AUGGCACUGAGCCCCGAGGAAGACCGGUACUUUGGCUCGAAGCUUCUCUUCCAUGAAGUCCAGACCUUGCUCUUGAUGACGCCCGAGGUCGACGCCACGCCCGACGACAAGGACGCGCUUACGAUUGCGCGCAAGCUCUUUGCCGUCGGGGAAGCGCAGCAGUACCUAACGUUGCAGCUGUCGAUGACGCCGACGUCCGAGCCAGCGCUGCUGGGCUUGACGCCCCAUGCAAUCCGAGCCGCGUGGGGUCUUCGAGACCCCGACCACGUCGACAGCUUGCGCGAGCGCAUUCGGGCCUCGCUCCUACCCGACGUCGAGCGCCGCAUCAAGGACAAGUGCCGACUGCUAUGCGACGUGACGAGCCCUCUGCAAGGAGACACGCCGUCGCUGCCGUUCGCGUUCGCCGAGCAGCUCCCCGAAGCACUUUCGGCGCUCCAAGCUGCCUCGAGUGCUCUGGAGAAAGAGCUGCUCGCGCUUGAAGAAGCCCACGAUGCUCGCGUCCAAGAAUUGGGGGCGCUCGUCGAGGCCAUGGGCACAUUGCUCCUGCGCACAAUCCGCGUCCGCGACCAGUCGCCGUUUGUGACCAAGAAGAUUGCCUGCCUCGAGGCGUACAUUAGUGCCAUGCACGAAAAGACGGCGCUGCUCACAAAGCAAAUGCUCACCGAGACGUACACGGAGCGCAAGCUCCACGCAUUGCGCGCCGUUCGACACGAGCUCGAGGGUCGAUACGCAUCGGCACAGCAAGCACAGAACGAGCUUCAUGCACGGCUGCAGCAGUACGAGCUGCUCGGGUCUGCGUUUGCAGCGACAGCCGACCAGUACGCCGUCGUGCAGCGCAAAAUUGCCGAGAAGGAGACAUGGAUCGCAUCCCUCGACCUUUAA